UCGCAAUGAUACACUGGUCUAUCGACGCGAACAUCUGGGAACGAAGUUCGAAGUCGUAAAUAAUUGAGCACGCUCACUCGCGUCGAUCAAGUGGCCCGGAUGUCUUCCAAUUUCCAGCUCGACUAUGCCUCCUUGGACAAAUCCAGAUGGAAGAACCUCGCACCACCACCGGGGUUCUCAAACCGACAAUCCACAAGCAGCGCAAAACACCCAGCCAAGAAAGCAGACAAGGUAGCAGCGUCCUAUACCGCUCUCAAAGAAAAACGAGCAUGGGACCUCGCCAUCUCGCCCGCCAAGUCACUUCCUAUGCAAGCCUUCAUGCUCUACAUGUCCGGAGGAGGCGUACAGAUAUUUAGCAUGGGGAUCGUCUUUAUGCUACUCCUUACCCCCUUUAAGAACAUCGCUGGCAUGAAUGCAGCCUUCGCGCCCUUCGCACCCGCUUCGUCCAACUCGACUUCAUGGAACACUCUUCCACUGCAGAAGUUGGUAUACGUUGUGUGUAAUCUGCUAACACUAGCAGUGGGUCUAUGGAAAUGCCGGUCGAUGGGUCUUCUUCCAACCGGCACCGGUGAUUGGCUGGCAUUUGAAACCAGAAGUCAGCCACCGGAAAUCUCAUUUUGAUAAACCGCCUUCUGCUUCGUGUCUCAUCCAUCUCCUGCCACGUUGUCAGGUCAUGCAUUAUAUUCUGCCCAAGGUUGGUAGAACAUAUAUCCUAGGUACCGGUUCUGCCUAGCGUAAUUCUAUGUUUCCUACCGGAUGGAGAUCGGUUAUUUUCCCCCCGUAUUCCUGUGGUAUCCUCGCGAUU